CCUACCUUUUGAGUAUGACGAUAUCUUUGAAUGAAUGUUGCCAUUGGGAAUCUCCCAAUCGCCCGAUUCCGAGUUUUAGGGAAUUACGUAAGGAUUUCCUUGAUAAUUUUAAUUACGAAAAUGUGUAUCUUUGUUAAAACGAGAGAGUAGUAUUCCACUUGUUUGGCAUCUGCUCUUCCCAAUGGCAAAACGGUUUUUGCACAAAUUGAGAUGUGUGGCCCUUACAAACUACCAACAGAAGAUAACAUUUUCGGUGAAAGCCCGUAUAGUUGACACCGCCAGAUAUGGUCCUUUAGAUGCAUUGUACGAAAAAAUCGAUAAAGGAGAACUGCUGCCCGAUCCUAUUCAAGUAAAAGUGUGUGAAGUGUUGCAGCGUGUUUAUGACGACAUUGAAGAAUAUAACCCGGCUGAUAAUGGUAUAUUUAGUCGAUUAUUUGGAAGUAAGCGCAAGAUUCCCAAAGGUCUCUACAUACAUGGAGCUGUGGGUGGAGGAAAAACUAUGUUAAUGGAUAUCUUUCAUAAUUGUUGUGAUUUUGAUAGAAAAAGUCGUAUACACUUUCAUUCGUUUAUGGUGGACGUACAUCAAAAAAUUCACGAGACCAAACAGAUGACUGCAACAAAUACCUCCAAAUCUCGAUUUGACCCAAUACCUCCUGUGGCCGAUCGAAUCAGUAACAAAUCGUGGUUAAUUUGUUUUGACGAAUUUCAAGUUACCGAUAUAGCUGACGCUAUGAUUUUAAAAAGGUUGUUUACGCAACUUUUUGAAGAUGGAGUCGUUGUUAUCGCAACAAGUAAUCGAUCACCUGAUGACUUGUAUAAGAAUGGUUUACAGAGAUCAAAUUUUGUGCCUUUUAUAAAAGUUUUAAAGGAUCAUUGUACAGUCAUUAAUUUGGAUUCUGGAAUUGAUUAUAGACAAAAGGGUGUUGUAGGAGACCAGCGUUAUUUUGUCAAGUCUGAGCAUGAACAAGAUGAUCCUUUAGAUUUUAUUUUCAAAUACUUAACAUCGAAAGAAAAUGAUACAGUGAGACCAAAAACGUUUACAAUCCUUGGAAGAGAUGUAACAUUUAGGAAGGCCUGUGGUGGCGUAUUAGAUACUACUUUCGAAGAACUAUGUGAUAGACCACUUGGUGCAAAUGAUUAUAUUCAUCUAACCCAAUUUUUCCACACUAUUAUUAUUCGCGAUGUGCCUCAACUAAAUCUUAAGCUGAAAUCGCAGGCGAGACGAUUUAUUACACUUAUAGAUGCACUUUACAACCACAAAACGCGUAUUGUGAUAUCAUCGGAUGUUCCUUUAAACCAAUUAUUUUCCCCUGAAAAAACUGAAGAUGAUGACGAUACUCGCAUUCUAAUGGAUGACCUAAAAAUUGAAAAAACACAAGCUGAUGCUUCGGCAAGUAUUUUUACGGGAGACGAGGAAAUUUUUGCUUUUGAUAGAACACUUUCAAGAUUAUCUGAGAUGCAAACUCAGGAGUAUUGGGAUAAAUUCGGCAAGCCAUAGUUACUUAAAUUGGCGUGUAUUCUUUUCGGCAUAGUAUUAUUUUAAAUUUGUACAUACAUAAUUUAUUUGUUUUGAUUAACUGAGAGAAUUUUAACUAAUCUGGAGCUCUAUUUUUAUAGGUAGGUACUUAAAAUAAAGUUACCCGUUUUGUUGUUA